AUGGCCUCAAGUCUCGCACUCUGCUUGAUGGGUAUCAUCUAUGAGCUUCGGCUCUACCAUCCCCUGGGUCUGCCACUGGGUCGAAACCUGCUGCCCAUCCUGAAGGCAGCCCAGACCAAGGAGUUCGUGGCCAUGCUCAUCCUCAUCAUGUCCAUCCUUCUGGCCACCUUCUUGGCUGCCUGUGUGGAAUUUCAGGAGUUUGACGGGCAGCUGUUGUCGGUGGCUGUGAGAACAUGGCAGACUCUGAUUGUGGGGGAGUCCUCGCUCUUCGAUGUCGACAACUACGAGCAUGCAGCCUUGCGCUACUUCGUGGUGUCCUUCCUUUUCUUCGUGUGCAACAUCGUGCUCAUGAAUAUCUUCAUCAGUGUCACGGGCGCCGGCUACGAGGAGGAACGUGCCAACAUCGUGGGCACCUUUAGCGCAGAACGCUUUAGGGUGUGCAUGGAAAGUGUGGAGGUCACGGGAUGGUCCAGGUUUUUUGUUCUGGUGGCCAUGGUUUGCGGGCUCUGCAUACGGAUGAUGGUCAGCCUGGCACUCGGAGAAGUCUGGACCUUCGUCACGGAAGUGUUGGCUCUCCUCAUCUGGCUCAUGCUCUUCCUGUUGCAGUGGCACUUCUGCCAAGAGGUUGCGAAGCUUCGAGUGAAACCCGAGGACUUCGAUCCCGAAGCGAGGAAGUACCUCUGGAUCUGCGUCCCAUCACAGCGGUUGGAGGUGGACGAGGAUGCAACGGAUGUGAGCCUCAAUGAGAUUGUCACAAGCUUAAACGAGCUUCGCGAUUUGUUGCAGCGGAGGCCCGCUCCUGGCCGCAUUCGCCGCACACGCCGAGUGCAAGUGAACACACACAGGAAGUGGCUCCAGGACUUCCUGGCAGAGGCCGAGCUGGACCUGGAAAAGCCCCUCGUUGAGAAGGUAUCUGGAGAGCGCUCUGCGAUGGGCCGAGACGCGGCUCGGCGCAAGGGGUGCGCAGGUGUGUCACAGGAGGAGGCCAAAGCACAUCUGGAGGAUUUGCUGGUGCACCAGGGCUGCAAGCAGGAACACCGGAGUCAGAAGUGGGGGUUGAUGGCUAGGCACAUGGGACUCAGUGAUGCUCCAUCUCGCCGCCUUCGCUGGCAGCAGCAGCUGCACUGGCACGGAAAGGCCAGAGUCAAUUGCUUUUGCGCGAUCCCCAUGGCGCGGCUGAGAAAAGCAGGCGCUGAGCGUGGCUGGAGAAGUCUGCUGAGAUGCGUGCCGCCCUCGCCGAGCGUGCGCGCCGGGUUGGAGAAAGUGCUGCGGCGUGUGACGCACGCGGACUGCGCGGCCAUUCCAUCGGAGGACCUGGAGGCGGCCGUGCGAUGGGCGAAGAGGAGUGAGGAGGCCCUGGCGAAGUCAUUGAAGCACAUCCAGGAGCUGGAUGUUGAAAGUCACCAUAUGCAGGCUCAUGCUUUCCCACCUGAAGUGUCCAGUUGA